CGGGGUGCCGGGGUUUGCGCCUGUGUGGUCCCGGGGCGCACGUGAGAGUCGUCACCGCCCGUGCGUGAGCCUGGGUGCACGUAGGGCGCAUCCCCGGGGGCUGCAGGGGUGGGCGCGCGCGGCGUGGCGCGUGUGCAAGGGCACGGGGGGGGCCGAGCGGCGCCUAGGCCGGGGGUCUUUGCCGCCUGUCGGGUUGCGGGGGCUGGAUGGGCAUCUGUGACCACCCCCCCCCCCCCCCCCGCAGGAUGGGGGUUCGCCGGUGGGACUCUGCUCGCCCGUCUCGGAACCGAGGUUGCGGUGUUACCCCCUGCGCCCACGGGUCUAUCGUGGAGAGGGAAACUGAGGCACAGAGCCUCCCCUGGCAGAGUGGGCAAGGCUGGGUCCCCCGGCUCCCUCCUGAAGACCAGUACUCCCGGUGCGGGUGCUGAACUGGGCACUCGCCCGCCGUUUGGGGGUGCAGGAGGUGGGCUGGGGUGCAGGAGGUGGCGUGCCAGUCCCGGUGGGUGCCAGUCCCGGCCGAUGAGGGUGAUGCACCGUUGCAGGACAGGGAACCCCCCGCGUCCCCGGUGUCCCCUGGGCCAGGGAGGGGGGAGCUGGCGCGUGGCGGAGGUUGGCGCCGAGGGCACCGUGCCCGGGUGUCCCCAGUCAAUGGGCUUGUUGUGCCGGGCGCCUGUGCCGCCGGGUGCCAGCUGGGAUCCCGGUAGUGGAAGCCACAGCAGAGGCUUCUCAGCUCCUGGGGAUGCGCUUAGCCCCCUCCCAGCUGCCCCUCAGCACAGAGAUGGCUGCAGUUUGGGGGGGCUGGGCAGGCGGGGGCCACAGCAAGAGGUUGUGGCAGGUCUUUCCUCUCUCACGCCGUGACUGCCGGCACAGCCAGCUGUUCUCCCUAGGGAACCUGCGGGCGGACAACAGCGCUGGGGUUGGGUGCCAGCCCCGCCAAGAAAGGGGAGUGAGCCCCGGGGUGCUGGUGGCACCCCGCAGCAGAGCCCUGCAGGGGCUGGCAGCUGGGCAGCGGGUACGUUUGCCGAGCCAGAAGCUCCCCCCGCAGCGCCCAUCGCCUUGGCGUCGUGCCUGUGGCCUUGGUUGGGGAGCGGAGAGCCGGAUGUCUCCUCUCCCUCCCUCCCUCCCUGCUUCCUGGGGGGGAAACUGAGGCCCGGGAGCAUUUCCCAAGGCCGGAGCGAGUUUCCAUGGAAAUGGGAGCGGGGGUCCGGGCUCCCAGCUGCCGGCACCCGCCGAACAAGGGAGAAAGCGGCACAUUGAUGGGAGCCCGGCCCCCUGGGCGCGCGUCCCAGCCCCGGCUGAAAAUAACCCCUCCCGGGGAGCUCUGCGCAGGCAGCCCGCCGGGACCAAACCCCGCUUGCUGGCCGGGGGUCCCCAGGAAGCCGCUCCAGCCAGGAGGGGUGACCCCCAGUCCUGCCUGCCGCCACCCCCCCGCCCCGGCCCCGUCGCGUUGGGGAAGGGGAGGGCCGGCCGGGAGGAUCGAGAGCAGGACGGAAGGAGGGGGAGAGCCACAGCCCGCGUCCGGCCGACGGACGCCCCGAGCCCCCCUGCCCGCUCCAGGGGGAUAUAUGGGGCGACCGAGCCCGGGGGGCAUCUCUGUAGCCGAGCUGACGGGGCUGCGGGUGCCCCGGCUGCGUUGAGCGGGCUCUGCCGCGGGACGCCGGCACCAGGGAAGGGACAUCGGCGGUGCCAGGGGCCGACGGCGGGUAGCCAGGCAGGAUGCGACGCUUCCAGGCUUUGCGCCGAUCCUUCCCCUUCCUCACGCGCUUCCGCCUCUACCGAAGGCUGAGCUGUAGCAUGCAGGCAGAGGAGGGCACGGACUGGCUGCUGGAGCUGCUCACCGAGCUGCAGCUGCAGCAGUACUUUCUGCGCAUCCGGGACGAGCUCAAUGUCACCCGCCUCUCCCACUUUGAGUACGUCAAAAAUGAGGAUCUGGAGAAGAUCGGCAUGGGACGCCCCGGCCAGCGGCGGCUGUGGGAGGCAGUGAAGCGGAGGAAAGCCAUGUGCAAGCGGAAAUCCUGGAUGAGCAAGGUGUUCAGUGGGAAGCGCCCUGAGUCAGAGCUGCAGCCCCAGCCCCAGAGCACCUUCCGCAAGCCACCCACGCCACCGCCCCCCGAAGCCGGGGGCCAGCACUCCCUCACCUGCCUCGUGCGGGAGCGGGACCUCUCGCUCUUCGAGAAGCUGGGUGACGGCUCCUUCGGCGUUGUGCGUCGUGGCGAGUGGUGCACGCCCGCUGGCAAGACGCUGAACGUGGCAGUGAAGUGCCUGAAGACGGAUGUCCUGAGCCAGCCGGAGGCACUGGACGACUUCAUCCGGGAGGUGAACGCCAUGCACUCCCUGGAUCACAGGAACCUCAUCCGCCUCUAUGGCGUGGUGCUCUCCCACCCCAUGAAGAUGGUGACAGAGCUGGCCCCGCUGGGCUCCCUCCUGGACCGCCUGCGGAAGAACCAGGGCCAUUUCCUCAUCUCCACCCUCUGCCAGUAUGCCAUCCAGGUGGCCAAGGGCAUGGCCUACCUGGAGUCCAAGCGCUUCAUCCACCGUGACCUGGCUGCCCGCAAUAUCCUGCUGGCCUCUAACGAGCUGGUCAAGAUCGGGGACUUUGGGCUGAUGCGGGCCCUGCCCAAAAAUGAUGACCACUACGUAAUGCAGGAGCAUCGCAAGGUUCCCUUUGCCUGGUGUGCUCCCGAGAGCCUGAAGACACGUACCUUCUCCCACGCCAGUGACACCUGGAUGUUUGGGGUCACCCUCUGGGAGAUGUUCACUUAUGGGCAGGAGCCUUGGAUUGGCCUCAAUGGCAGCCAGAUCCUGCACAAGAUAGACAAGGAGGGUGAGCGGCUGCCACGGCCCGAGGACUGUCCCCAGGACAUCUACAACGUCAUGCUGCAGUGCUGGGCACACAAGCCCGAGGACCGACCCACCUUCGUGGCCCUGCGGGACUUCUUGGUGGAGGCCCAGCCCACCGACAUGAGGGCGCUGCAGGACUUUGAGGAACCCGACAAGCUGCACAUCCAGAUGAACGACAUCAUCACGGUCAUCGAGGGCAGGGCCGAGAAUUACUGGUGGCGGGGUCAGAAUAAGCGGACCCUAAAAGUGGGCCAGUUCCCCCGAAACACGGUGACCUCGGUGGCAGGGCUGUCGGCCCACGACAUCAGCCAGCCGCUUAAAAACAGCUUCAUCCACACAGGCCAUGGAGACACCAACCCGCAGCACUGCUGGGGGUUUCCCGAUAAAAUUGAUGAGCUGUACCUGGGAAAUCCCAUGGACCCUCCUGACAUUUUAGGUGUGGACCUGAGCGCUGCCAGACCCACCCAGCUUCCAGGCAGGGCUAAAAGGCAGCCGCCUCCGCGCCCGCCUCAGCCUACCGUCCUGCUCACCAAGCCCUGCUACGACCCGGUCAGUGAGGAGGAGGAGGGUCUGCCAGGAGGCCUCCGGAAGCUCUGCCUGAAGAAGCCAGGUGCAGGGAAGGGUCUCCGACCGGUCAAGCCGUCGGCACGGGUACCGGGCACUAAGGUGGGCGAGCGGCAACCUGGCCAACCGCCGAGCGAGGGACCGGCGGGUGGCGAGGUGACCCUCAUCGAUUUCGGGGAGGAGGUGCCUCAAGGUAGCCCAUCGCCAGUGGGGGAGCUGACAGCCCCGUCGUUGGCCAAGCUGGCCAUGGAGGCCUUCUCAUUGCUGGACAAGACCCCGCCGCAGAGCCCCACACGGGCUCUACCCCGGCCCCUGCACCCCACGCCGGUGGUGGACUGGGAUGCCCGCCCUUUGCCCCCACCGCCCGCCUAUGACGACGUGGCACAGGACGAGGACGACUUUGAGGUCUGCUCCAUCACCAGCCCCCCAAGCCGGCGGGGCAAGACCAACUACGGCUUCGUGGAUGAGGGCGAGCGGGGACCAGCACUGGAGGACAACCUCUUUCUGCCCCCCAAGGAGACCAAGCAGCCCAGCCUGACGCAGACCACUGAGCUCUUCGAGGAGCUGCAGCAGGAGUGCAUGAAGAGGCUUAAUGUCCCCCUGGGACCGUCCGCCCCCACCGACGACAAGCCCCAAAUCCCCCCCCGUGUCCCCAUCCCACCCCGACCCCUACGCCGCAACGAGCCCGGGCGCUGGUCGGGGGACCUUUCUCCAGCUUCGGGAGGCGAGGAAGACCGGCCGCCCCAGAUUCCCCCCCGGGACCCGCUGUCGCAGCCCAGCUCCCGGACGCCCAGCCCCAUGGCCCUGCAGGUGGGCUCCCCCCAGCAACGCGCUGCCCUCUGCUCCUGCCUCUCCACCUCACCGGGGAAGCCCAUGCCCACCACGCAGAGCUUCGCCCUUGACCCCAAGUACGCCACCCCCAAGGUCAUCCAGGCACAGGGCAAGGACUGCUCCAAGGGACCCUGCAUCCUGCCCAUCGUGAAGGACGGGCAGAAGGUCAGCAGCACCCACUACUACCUGCUGCCUGAGCGCCCUGCCUACCUGGACAAGUACGAGAAGUUUUUCAAGGAGGCCAAAAGCCCCGAGGAGGUGCCGGCGUCCCGCUUGGUCACCACAGCCACCGUCCGUCCCAUGGUGCAGCAGCCGCUGCCAGACUGCAAGGCCAACUUCUCCUCCAACAACAGCAACCCUGGGCCCAAGUGCCUGGUGAAAGCCUCCUGCAGCCUCCAGAAGAUCGUCUACGACGGGCCAGAUGGCUGCCGCCCCGCCGACAAGAUCCGGCUGGUGCAGGACACUGUGCAUGGCGUGACCACUGAGGAGUGCCAGGCAGCCCUGCAGAACCACGGCUGGAGUGUCCAACGGGCCAUCCAGUACCUGAAGGUGGAGCAGCUCUUCUGCCUGGGGCUGAAGUCCCGCGUCGAGUGCCACCGGGUGCUGGAGAUGUUUGACUGGAACCUGGCCCAGGCCAGCUCCCACCUCCUUGAUCCCUACAGCACCGCCCGCCAGAAGCGGUGACAGCGGGGAUGGGGCGAGCUGCGUCGGAUCCGGAGCAGGCAUCUCACCAUGGGGCCACUUGCCCGGUGCCCACCCCCACCCAAGCAACCUGCUGCUGGACUCUGGACUGAGCCCCCAUUUGGGGGAUGGGGACACCCCAAAAGGGAGCCUGCUCAGCGCCCCAGACUUCCCGGGGUGCCUGCACCCUGGCUUUGGCGAUGGGCUCCGUCCCCUGGCCCCUUGUUGAAUUGUUUUUGUAAAGAGAAAUGUAAUUUUAAUAUAUAUAUAUUAUAUAUAUAUAUAAAAAAAAUAUUCUAUGGA